AUGACGACGACGAACGAGGGGCUGGGAGAUGCUGCCAGGAAGUACCCUUGGGCCUCCGCGCGUGUCAUCUUCCCCGAUAAGCCUAUGAAUUUGUUGCAUACGCUGCCUGCAGGUUCGGAGAAGAACGCCCUCAUCGCGUACCGCAACAACCAAUUGGGUCACCAGCACACCGUUGUGCUCAUUGCCGGGUACCUUACGCCCUUGAAUCUUUACGGCCAGGUGAUUCAGAACUUUUCUGUUGUCCGUCACGCCCGCAUCGUACAGCCCACAGACACCACAAGCUUUCAGUAUACCUUCACCCCCGACGCGAUGCUGGAGCCGAACGACUACACCCUCAUUCUCGGUCUUUACUACCAAGACAAUGUCACCAACCACACGUACUUCGCCACCGCCUUCAACAACACUGUUACCGUAGAUGAGUCGCUUGAAACGGAUCCAAAGAUGAUUUUGUUGUAUUUCAAUUUGCUUCUGCUCUUCGGUGGUGUGGCGUAUUUUGUGGCCUUGAAACUGGGUUUAGUGGCGCUCCUGCGGGAAAAACGUGGUGGAGACUCCAGCCGGCGGCGGGUGGAGGUAGGCACCAACGGUGAGGGGUAUGACCCCGAUUACGUCAGCAAAGAGCACCACCGAUACAAGGAGGCUCUGCUGCAGCGCCACUCUUCCUCCUCUCCAACAAAAAAGAGGAACUAA